GAUGGUGUCCAGCCGCAGACCAUAAAUACCGGACAGCCCCCCCGAUGCCUCUCUGGCCGCCCAAGCCGUGAAGACUUCGUUGCUUUUCUUCAUCGGUUUUCCGUUCGAAAGCACACAACCCCCCCCAGCGCCAUUGAUCCGAGUUUCGAAUUUAGCUUCGAAUUUUGCUUCGUCCUGCCGCCGUUGUCUGCUUUCUGCCACGCUUCCUGUCUAUACUUUUGCAUCUUCCACUUUCGUCUCCAUCCAAGCGACCUCAACUUUGCUUCCAAAUCCUAACAACUCAAAAACCCCCACCCCGCUGCCAUGUCCGAUCCCGUGCUCUUGCCGCUGUCGCUGACCCUCAGCAUCAUCACCUGCAUCGUCUUUGGUAUCUUUGCCGUCCUGCCUGCCUCGGACUCGACCCAGGUCACCGAGCUCACCGGCGAGGAAUUCGUCACGGCCAGAAAGAGUCUGAACCAGUGGACCAUUGCCUGGAGUUUCUACGCCAACGCCGUGGGCUGCGGAACGCUCUUCUUCCCGCCCAUGUUCGCCACCCUCCCGGGCAACGGCUACAUCGGUCUCAUCGCCAACUCGCUCGCCAACGCCUUCCCGGUCCUCUUUGUGGCCUACUUUGGAAACCAGAUCCGCCAGCGCUUCUCCGAGUCGUGGUCCCUCAGCGACUACACCCUGCGUCGCUUUGGCCGCACCGUCAACAUCUUUGUCUUUGCGCUGGUCUUCUUCAACAUGGCUCUGGCUCUCAUUGCCGAGUACAGCGCCGUCAGCAGCCUCUAUACCUCUGUCCUCGGUGCUGAUCCCUACAGCAUCGUCUUCAUCGUCGGCAUCAUCACCAUGAUCUAUACCUACAUCGGCGGGCUCUAUGUCUCUCUGUGCACGGACCAGUGGCAGUCGAUCACGGGAACCGCUCUCUUGGUUAUCCUGAUCAUCUACGUCGCCAUCUCGUUCCGCAACCCGCUCCCUAUUCCUGCCCCGGAUGUCAUCCAGCCCACGUCCGACGGCUGGGCCCAGCUCUUUGUCAUGCCCGCGGCCGUCUUCACCGGCACCAUCUUCUCCGAGGCCACCUGGCAGCGUGCUUGGGCUGCCCGCGACGACAAGGCUCUCCGUAGCGGCGCCAACAUUGCCUUUGUGAUCAUCUUUGUGGUCAUCUCGCUCUUUGCCCUCGGAGGUCUGCUCGUCGCCUGGGCCGGCAUGGACAUCCCCAACCCCAACUCGGUGCUCUUCCAGCUCGUCGGGCCCGGCAGCGCCCCGACCUGGGUCACCGUCGUUGUUGUUGUGAUGGCCACCGUCAUGAACGAGUGUGCCGUCGACAGCAUCCAGAAUGGCCUCGCCGCCUCCAUCACCACGACCUUCUUCAAGAACUCAAAGUCCUCGACCUGGAGCCGUGUCCUGAUUGUCCUCACCAACAUCCCUUGCAUGGUCCUCGGCACCCAGGGCUACUCGCUCAGCGUGCUCUUUGGCAUCUCCAACCUGAUCACCAUCCAGGCCACUCUGCCCAUCCUGCUCGGCGCCAUCGACGACAACGCCAAGUACAUCACCGGGGCCAACGUCCUGUUCUCGUCCCUGUUUUCGUUCGUCUCGGUUGCCGUCUACGCCACCAUUGCCCAGUCGGGCGACUUUGUCGGCGGCAUGACCAACAUCUACGUCAACAACCCGUACAUCUGGCAGCCCUACCUCGUGGCCAUCGUGUCGUCCCUCGUCGGCAUGGUCAUCUGGUACGCCAUCGAGCAUCUCUACCGCGCUGUCUUCCGCAAGGGCCACAAGAGCAGUUCCGGCACGACCAUCGUCCCCAACGACUCUUAG